GCCUCGUCUCCUCUCUCAAUCAAACGAAAAAAAUCUUCGUCUCCCUCGCUUCUUUCAGUUCUCCUCUCGCUCAAAAUUUUCUGGAAAAAAUAACGACAGGCGAGGUCCUCCCUUCACUCCAUUGUUUCUCUGCUUCCUUGAAAUCUAAAUGCUGACAUAAAACUCCCUUUCACCCUGUAGGAUUCAGUUGAUUUCUUCAGAGGCUGUUUGAUUUGUAUAAAACCUAAUAUUUAUUUAUGGUUUCAAUCCUCAAAUUCCGUAGAGCCAAUUCAUAUGGUGCUUCGAGACAUUGUCAUUUUGAGGGGCGUAGUAGGACUUUGGGUGAAAAUGAGAAACUAUGUAGGGUAGGGCUUUUCUGGGAUUUGGAUAACAAACCACCCAAUUCAAUUCCACCUUAUGAAGUUGCCAAUAAGCUCAGAAUUGCUGCAGCUUCCUUCGGUGUUGUUCGCCAUAUGGUGGCCUAUGCAAAUAGCCACACCUUUAGCAUUGUCCCUCGUGUUGUUCGGGAGAGUCGGAAAGAGAAAGAAUUGUUGUAUAGUUUGGAGAAUAAGGGUGUGAUCAAGCGUAAUGAGCCUCAUCUUUGUCGUGUUUGUGGGAGAAAAUUUUAUACGAAUGAAAAGCUUGUUAACCAUUUCAAGCAGCUGCAUGAGCGUGAGCACGCAAAAAGGGUGAAUCAGAUAGAGUCGGCUAGAGGGAGUAGGAAAGUGAAAUUGGUGGGGAAGUAUUCUAUGAAAAUGGACAAGUAUAAGAAAGCUGCAAGGACUGUUCUUACUCCGAAAGUUGGGUAUGGUUUGGCUGAUGAGCUUAAACGAGCGGGGUUUUGGGUUCAAACUGUGUUGGAUAGGCCGCAAGCUGCAGAUGUUGCGCUGCAAAAGCAUAUGGUGGAUAUGAUGGAUCAUAGGCGGGUCGAGUGCGUGGUCCUUGUAUCAGAUGAUUCAGAUUUUGUUGAUGUAAUAAAGGAAGCAAAGUUGCGAUGUCUCAAGACUGUUGUUAUUGGGGAUUAUAGUAGUGACGGAGUCUUGAAAAGAACGGCUGAUACUGCGUUUUCUUGGGAGGAAAUUUUGAUGGGGAAGGCUAAGAAGGAGGCUAUAUCGGUUGUGGAAAAUUGGAAAGAUCGUGAUGUAUUGAAAAGGUUGGAGUGGACAUAUAACCUGGAUGUCGAUAAAAAGAAACUUAACCUGGAUGAUACAGUUUCUGAAGCAUCCGGGGAUGAUGAUAUUGAAGAUAUCUGUAAUGAAAUUGAUAAUGACUAUAAGGAUGACAGAGGUUCUUGGUGGAAAUUAGACUCUGACGAUAAUGAUGUUACAAAUGGAUAACCAAGGGAAAAAUCCAUCUUAUCUGUGAAGCUCACUCGACCUUCCACUUGAAACUAAUUUGUUUGCAGAAAAGGCUUGUUUGGUCUUCAAAAAGGGCUUGUUUGGUCUUCAAAUUUCUGAGGUACCAUUGUAACUUAAAAUAAUGAUUGAGAUUUGUAACCGCUUGAUUAUCUCUUUUGCUUCUCCCAGUCUUAAGCUAUGUUGCUUGUUUCAGUUGUUUGUCUUGUUUAGCUCAGUCAUUGUGCUGUAACAUUCCACUCAGCAACAACCAUUUUUACACUUUAAUAUUAGGAAGGUAGAAGUGAAAUAUUGUGGCACAAUGCUCUCGUUUGUUUAUACUUUGCAAUCUAAUAGAAUCUCACUUUCUAGAUUUUCAGGGUGUGUUUAGAUGAAUAUUUUGGUGGGCUAAGUCCAUAUUUCAAUGUAUAUUUAAAGAUUCUAGAAAAAAUUGAAAGAAUAACUUGAUAGAUAAUUAUAUAGUAUUCUGAUCUCACUUAAUUUAUAUUUAGAAACAUUUUAUAGGUUGCUUAAUUUUAAAAUGAAAAAUAAGAAUUCUCCUCCAAAAUACUCCAUCAAAACAUAACCUAAAAUGUUGUAUUCGGAAAUAUUGUUUUCAUUGGCGUCGUCUUUACUAAUCUUCGGCUACAUUAGUAUUGAUUUCUGUUUUGAUCAUUAUGCCUCUUUUUUUUGUUGUGGCUGGCAUAUUCUGAAUAUUGUUUGAGCGAGAACACAAGAAAGGGAGAGGGAAAAUUCUAAAUUUUUGUAUGACAACGGACUAAUUACUACAGGUUCAAGCUAUUUUACAGAUUCACAAACUUAUACAGUGAGAAGAUUACAACUGCAAAACCACAAGAUGCAUGAAGAAAGCUACUGAUAGCAACAUUGAAUGAAUGAAGUACAUUCAAUGCCAACCUACUGCAAUUCUUGAUAGUUCUAUAUUAUGUUUGGUUUGCUGCUUUCCAAAUCAAUAUUUCAGUCUUUCAACCAUGAUUUUACAAUUUAAUUUUUUUUGUGUAAACACUGGUUCCGUAUUCAAAUGCAAAAUUAUGCUCAAAAGUGACUUUGUUAGAAGCAAUUCGAUAUUGUUUCUGCCUUCAAGUUAGGAUGAAGGAAAUCCUACCUAGUGUUAUCAUGCAUAGAUAUCAAUCCUAGGGUCUAUUUAAUUUGUCUUAACGAAGAUCGAACCAAGAUUUCUAUAGGAGCAAGGCAUCACAAGAUAAAAUAGGUGAACACUUCAGAAGUGGAAGUAGGUAAAAGCCUAUAACAAUCCAUAAACAAUCAAACAAUUAUCACAAGAAAAGUGGGGCGAAAGAAUCCAGGGGUGCAAGC